UAUCAUUUUUCUAAGUUUAUUUUGUAAAUUAUUUCGAAAUGUACUGCUUGGCAACACUGCGUGGUGAGAGAGCAAUCAGCUGGGUUGAAAUUACGGAAUUUUUUUAAUAAUCGUGAAAUCAAAUCUACGGUACUACGAUACGGAAGGAAUGAACUUUUCGUUUACAUGGGGUUCUCAUUAGUUUGAUUGAAACAGCUGGGAAUUGCGUUACACGGAAUUGCGUUUACGGGCUCCACUGUUUUCAGCAUAAAACUAGCGUUUCAUCGACAUGUGAUGCUAUGCCAGCGCCAUCUGUUAAAAGACUGGCGUGGCGUGUCGUCGUGAAUGUAAUGCGGUCGCCAUUAGUAACGCGAGACGCGUCAUAGAGUGUGUGUGUAGUUUUGAGCAAAUCUUACAAACAUAUUUUGUUUUGUUGAUUGAUUUCUGUUAAAUAUGGCAUCAAAUCAAAAACGGAAACCGAAAACAGGUGCUGAACGGCAACCACAAUGUUCAAAUGCGCCUGCAAUAACGAGAACGAAAAAAAACAAUGCUCAAGUUUGCCGAGAAUAUCGUGCAAGAAAAAAAACAGCGCGUGAAAAUCCAGACAGUGAUUUACAUGAACUGAAUACUGUGGACAUGGCGGAGUGUACAUCAUCGGAAAAUAAUGCUCAACGUGUUGUAAGUGAAUCCAGUUUAAUAGUAGAUGCUGAUUCACACCAUAUUCAACAAUCUUCUGUAGCGAAUGCUACAAGAACGUCGAGUACUCAUCGUGUACGGGCUUACCGAGCACGCCAAAGAGCCCUCAUUGAGAGUACUGCUGGUCCAUCCUCGGUUUCAGUAGAUGAUUUAAUAGAUCCAGAGCAACCGUACUCAGGUUACAAAAGGAAUAAAAGUGCUCAUCAAACAUUCGAUAAACAAUUUUAUGGAAACACGUUUGGUCAUAAGUGUUCAGUAUGUGAUCGACUUUGGUUUCAAAAUGACUUAAAUAAACCAAUAGAAUCGUUCACGAACAUUUUGAAUACCAUACUUCCGGGUGUUGAUAUUGAAAAUAUUCUUCUAUGCCGAACUUGUAGAAGAUCAUUCACAAAGAAUUUAGAUGAGAUUCAAGAGGCACCUAUUCAACAACCAAGAACCACAAAUGGGAUUGAUGGAAUUCGCGAGGCACCUAUCCGACGGACAAGGACUCCACAUGGGAUUGAUGAGAUUCAAGACGCACCUGUACAAAACGCAAGAACAACACAUACGAAUCAUGCUAAUAGGAAUAAUUGGGAUAAUGAAGUGGAUGACCGGAGUAAUGCAAUCAGAACUCAGAAGAAAUGUAAGGACAUAUUGAAGCACGACGCUGAAACGGAGAUCGUACUGGAACCGGAAGCAGAUAUAGAGAUACAAAAGGAAAUCGUUCCACCGACAGUCGGUUCUGCUUUACCGGAACGACCCGGAUUUUCAUCCGGCCAAGGACUGUCACUACGGCACAUGUAUGGAAAUGUUAUAAAUGUUAAUACAACAACAACAACAAUAAAAAAGGAAAUCGAUUGCUUUGACGAUGAUGAUAUAAAUAAAGUGACGGCGAUUUGCGAAGAUAUAUCAGAUGAAGAUUCUAAACCGGAUGCUAUUCUUGAUUUUGAAGCUGAAAUGUAUAUGAAAACUGAGAUUGAGCUAGCGAAUGAUGAAUAUACAACUUCUGAGCUGAACACCCCCACAUCAUUAAUAAAUGUGCCGACAUUGGGUUUUCCGGUCACAACAAUGCUGGCCUCUGGUGAAGCUGGCAGAGCAACUACUUCGGAUAAAUCUAAAAAGUCGGUAGAAGAAGCGUGCAAAAAAAGGAAAAUUGCUCUUCUUCCCUGCCCAUCAGAUAUUACGAAUGCCUCAGAUGUGGGGCAUAUAGAAAGACGAGUCUUUACAAUCUCACCCCCAUCAACUUCUUUGAAUAUAUCUACGCAAGCCACAGUUGACACCGCCAAGGCCGAAAAAAUUGUUCUUUCCCAUCCAUCUCCAACUACGGCAAAAGGUAAAAGAGAAAAUGUUUGUAUUGCCCGCUCAAAAAUUACCUUGGAUCCCUCUUUGAUACCCGCAGAGGUGACGGGCACUGAAAGCUUUAACACCAAACAUUCUACGCAUACGUCCGUACCUGAAGAUACAACAAAUGGAUCGAAAAAACGCAAGAUCACAUCUCUUAAUGAAAUGUACGAAACCGUUUUAAAGAGCAUAAAUAAGCGAGAUGAACGAGAAGAGCAAAUUAUGGGUAUUUUGCAAGGACUCGCAGUUGCCGUAACAAGAUUGUCAGAUAACGUUCAGAGACUAGAGGAAGUAUUGACAUUUUGUAAGAAUAAUUAAAAAAAUAAAAGGUAUUAAGAAAUA